GUGACCGGAAAAAGAGGGACCGGCCCGCAGCCACGGUCCCGAGUCACAUGAAGCCUUUCACACACACAGCAGAUUCAUACAUCCUCCUUUUCAACCGUUUUUUUUGUUGUUGCGGUGAAAGUCUCCGCCAUUAGAAGCCCAACCGCCCUUCAACGUGCGGGAGGGUUUAUAAUCCAACAUGGACGAGGACGGGCUGCCGAUCGUCGGGUCUGGGGUCGAUCUCACCAAGGUUCCUGCGAUUCAACAGAGGCGAGUGGUCGCCUAUCUCAAUCAGUUUGUCGUGCACACGGUCCGGUUCCUGAACCGCUUUUCCACAGUGUGUGAAGAGAAACUCUCAAACAUAUCUCUCCGCAUUCAGCAGAUCGAGACGACCCUGAGCAUUUUGGAAGCCAAGCUGUCCUCCAUUCCCGGGCUGGAGGACGUCAAGAUCGAUGGAGUCGGCCAGCGGCAACCUGCUCCGGCCAACGGACCUUCGACCGCCGGUCACGGCCACGCAGACGGUCCGCCGGCAAGGACCCUGCCUCCGCCGCAGCCGGUGGCACCAGAGCCCGCGGCCACUCCGAAAGCAGAAGCCUCUGCAGACAACGUCCUGACAGUGGCCAAGGACCCGCGCUACGCCCGCUACCUGAAGAUGGUGCACGUGGGAGUUCCAGUUAUGGCUAUAAAGAAUAAAAUGGUCCUGGAGGGUUUGGAUCCUAACUUGCUUGACACACCGGACGCCCCCGUGCCCGAGGGACGAACGAGGAGCGCAGAGGAUCGGGAGGCCGCCGCCAGCAGCUCCGACAGCGAGUCGUCUUUCAGCGACUGACUUUUUUUCUUUCUUUUUUCGUCCGUCCCACCACGAAGCUUCCUGUAGAAGCCCCUCGGCGCUCCUCCCUGAGGCCUGCACUUGGAGAAGUAAGGUUGCAGGAAGGAGUACCGGAGAUGAGGGGCCAAUGUCAGUGCCUGAAACAGGAAGCGUCCACCAGAGUGAUUGUAAUUUCAGCCUAAAAGCACUGAAUUUCUUUUCCUUUACGGUCGUUCAGUGACCUCAAUUUUGAUACUUUUUAGUAUUUUUUUUUUUUGACAAACGGGGAAUAAUUCCCUGUUGAUUAUGUCCGCAGUAGAUCUCAACGCGUGGCGGUAGAAAGUCAUUCUAUACCAUUCAAGUCAUUGGUCUUCUUCGAUUGUCACACUGCUAUCACAGCGUAAUGCCUUUAAGAGAUACAACAGAAAUACAUAAAUGUAUGUUGGAUACUUUGACUGUUUGACACAUGCAUUGUAAUUCUGUGUGUUAGUCAAAGGGAGGAUACAUAUCACAAUAUACUUUCAGUUUUGAUGCGCCGUAUAGUCACAAGACCAGUUUAAUGGGAAGGAGAAUCACAUGUCAUGUGGGUUUAACCCUUCCUUAAAUUUCAGCCACCGCUGAAGUAUUUGGAUAGAAUCAUUACGGCAAUAUUUUGACCUUUUUUCACAGAAUGCUAAAUACCAAUUGUUGUUUUUCUUUUGGCCCACAGAAAAUCUGUGAUUUUUAAAAAAAAAAUGAGUCGUCUUAUCCCCAAUAGUUCCAGGUGGCCAUGUCGGAGGAGCACAAACUACAGCGCGCUCAGUCUGAGGCCUCCGUUCUACUUAUUUUGCACAAAAAAAACAUUUUUAUUUUCUAAAGCUGCUGCAUGUGUCGUACAGAAGAAAACCCACCUUUAUAUGACACGAUGCCAGACAAUAAAUGAUGAAUAGUAA